CCAAUACGAACUAGGACGCGCUUGUUUCGCUUUGACGUUUGGAGCGGUUUGGAGGGGAUGGGAUACCAAGACCCCAAGACCGGUUUUGAGACAAUGAGGGCCGCCAGUGGUUUCUUGGACGCUCGUGUGAUUCGCCUUAGCAUUCCUGCUUGUUUGAUCGAGACGUCGUCUGAUAUUCAACACCAACAAUGUGGCCUCACAAAGCAUGCCCAGUCGGAUCGAUGCAAACUGAACUGACGCCCAGGUAAACGUGAUAGUCAACGUGAUCGCCAUGAUGUGGUCUCCGAAUGAAGUGACCCGACACUGCAAUGGAUGUCUUAUUAUGAGUUCGUGACAUGGAGCUUCCGAUUCUCCUGGUCUGUGUGCUGACAUCAGUGCAGUGCCUUCAAGUGGGACUGGAGGAUGCCGGACCGGGUACAGUCAUUUUCCGCACGGGUUUGACGGGCGACUGGACAUACUACCUCCACGCAACGUCGCUAUCUGAAGGAUUCUUCACCGUUGACAACCGCAGUGGCGAUGUCGCACUCACGCAAGCGGUGGACUGCACUUCUGUCCGGCGCAAUCCGGUGCCGGUGGAGAUUGGUGCUCGCCGAGCAACAUCUUCGGUGCGCAUCUCUUUGUCUGUGUUGUUCCCAAAUUGCAGUGUGACAGAAGCGCAACGUACACCGGCUGCAACCGUGCAAGUUCGGCUCGGAAACGUCUCGUCCUGCUUCGUCCGGAGCGAACAAAUCGCGCGUCUAACUCAUUUCAUCCCUGGUGUCACAAACUGCAGUGUUACUUUGGUGAACUCCUCGAACACCUGUUGUGCCAUAGAAGGUGAGGAUCUGGUCGCUCGCCAAGAUGUGUGCGUGAACGACGAUGUGCAUGUGCCAUACCAAAUAUCGUGCCGUCCCGAAUUGCACCAGUUGACCGUAGUGUUUAGUGCACCGCGCCGAGAAAAACGGCAUACACUUCAUUUUGACCGCAAUCUGUACGUUGCCAGUGUCCCCGAAGGCAAAGACAGGGGCUAUGUCGUGGAGACCAUAAAGGCAAACGAUGCCGCGGCGUAUUCGCUGCAUGCGGUGCUUGAUGCGCGCAGUCAAGCCAUGUUCCACAUAGAGCCCACUUCAGGGGUUGUAACAACAACGACGGAACUAGACCGUGAGUUUAUGGAUGUGCAUUACCUGCGAGUGGUGGCUGUGGCCCACUCGUCUGUCACUGCUAGUACGACAUUACAGGUAAAUGUAUUAGAUGAGAAUGACCACGAGCCCAUCUUUGAACAGUCCAACUACGAAGCGUCUCUCAGAGAAUCUGUGCCUGUUGGAUAUACCGUACUUACUGUGAGAGCCACUGAUCAGGACAUAGGAGCUAAUGCCCAAAUUGACUAUUCCAUACUGACUGGGGACGGAUCGGCAUUUGGUAUUGAUGCAAAAACUGGGAUUAUUACAACAAAGACGUGGUUAGACAGAGAAAAGACAUCCUUCUACUCUCUGCUUGUGCAAGCAAGUGAUGCUGGAUCUGUUACGGAACGCAAGUCAUCUUCCACAACAGUGCAAAUCACAGUCUUAGAUGUCAAUGAUAACUACCCCCAGUUUUCCGAAAGGUCUUAUUCCGUGAAGGUAUCUGAAGAUAUCAAUUGGUUGAAUCAUCCAGAAAUUGCACGAAUCAGGGCAACAGAUGCUGAUGACAGAUCAAAUGCGGCUCUGAGAUACAGCCUCAUUGGAGGGAACACACAGGGUCAUUUUGCCAUGGACAGUCUGACUGGGUCAGUUACACUGCUUUCUCCACUCGACUAUGAAAGCACAAGAAGCUAUCGGUUGGUGGUUCGUGUCCAAGAUGGCGGAACACCUUCCAGGUCCAACACUACCCAGUUGUUGGUUAAUGUGCUAGACACAAAUGAUAACGACCCAAAAUUCUAUACUUCGUUGUUUCACGAGAGUGUGCCAGAGAACGUGCCCGUGGGACACAGCAUAGUCAGGGUUCAAGCUUAUGACGCUGAUGAUGGCCCCAAUUCUGAAAUCUCUUACGCUAUUUCAUCUUCUGAUGAUCUACCCCUUCGCAUCGAUGACAUCACAGGGUGGAUUGUGACAUCGAGGGAAUUGGACCGUGAAGACAACUCUAACUUCAAUUUUCAGGUGAUUGCUCGUGACCACGGGUCUCCGGCUCGUUCAGCUACUGCGAGCAUCCUUCUACGUGUGCAGGAUGUCAACGACAAUGACCCCGUAUUUGAGCCCAGAGUCUACGAGGCAACCGUGUCUGAGGCUGACCCUCCUGGCACGCCCGUGGUGAGCGUGACAGCAACAGAUAGGGACGAGAACUCGCGUCUCUUGUACCAGAUCACUAGUGGGAACACUCGAGACCGCUUCAGCAUUGUGAGCCACAACCGCCAGGCUGUCAUAUCUGUGGCACAGGCACUCGAUUACAAGCUCGAAAAGUACUUUGCUUUGACCGUCACUGCAACAGAUUCUGGCGGCCGCACAGAUACUGCAACUGUCUACCUCAACAUUAGCGAUGCCAACACUCACCGUCCAAUUUUUGAGAGAACACCUUAUACUGCGAGUGUCCCAGAAGAUGUCCCUGUUGGCACGACUGUGGUGGUUGUUGAAGCCCAAGAUGGGGAUGUGGGCCGAAAUGCUCUCAUUAUGUAUACUUUGGAGGAAGACGUUGAGGAAUUUCGCAUAGAUUCUAGUUCAGGUGCAAUAAUCACUACUCGUCCCUUAGAUCGAGAGAAGACCAGUGGCUACACACUGGUGGUCAUGGCACAGGACAGUGGAAAUCCUCCACUCUCAGACACCACCAACGUCGAGCUGGAGGUUGCAGAUGUAAAUGACAAUGCUCCAGUGUUUCCCGUAGCAGGAUACACGAGUACCAUCAGCGAAGAUGCUCUCAUUGGAACCAGCGUUGUACACGUUUCUGCUGCCGACAAUGAUCUGGGGCUGAACGGACAGAUUCGGUACACCUUUCUUGGAGGGAACGACGGAGGAGGUGCCUUUGGAGUUGAUCCCACGUCGGGCAUCAUCCGUACCAACAGAAUGCUAGACAGAGAAACACUACCUGUUUAUCAUCUGGUAGUUUACGCUGUGGAUCGGGGCUCCCCCGUACAGUCUGCAUCUGUCCCGGUUACGGUGUACGUAGAAGACGUCAAUGACAACCCACCACGGUUUCAAGCUGACCGAAUUCGCUUGUUCAUUCCAGAGAACAGUCCUGUCGGUUCAGUAGUAGGCCAAGUAGAAGCCAAUGACCCUGAUGAGGGCCCUAAUGCCAUAAUUCAGUAUUCCGUAGUCGGAGGCCCAGAUGCUGAAGUCUUUUCUCUAACUGCUCGUCCAGGUGAACCUGCUGAAAUUGUCACCAGGACUGAACUAGACUACGAAUCACCGCACAAGAAGUAUGUCAUUAUCGUCCGUGCGUCAUCGCCUCCAUUGCGGAAUGAUGUUGAAGUAGAGAUCUGGGUUACGGAUGUCAAUGAUAAUGCUCCAGUGCUCAAGGACUUCCGUAUCGUAUUCAACAAUUACCAGCACCACUUUCCCGUCGGUCCUAUUGGGAAGGUCCCUGCGUGGGAUGCUGAUGUGGGUGAUCGCUUACGGUAUCGUUUUGUGUCCGGAAAUAACGCAUACCUGCUCAUCCUCAACGAGACUUCAGGAGACAUAAGCCUUAGCCCUAGCCUCAACUCUAACGUUCAUAUCAAUGCUGACAUGGAGGUGAGUGCUUUUGAUGGCAUCAAUGAAGUGUCCGCUGUCUGCCACCUUUCAGUACGUCUGGUGUCAGAAGCCAUGCUCUUCAGCAGUGUCACGGUGCGACUAGCAAACAUUUCUCGGCAACAGUUCCUCUCUCCUGUUUACGACCAGUUCCUCAGUGGCCUGUCAGCCAUUGUCCCCUCUGCUAGGGAGGACAUAUUUAUCUUCAGCAUUCAGGAUGACGACAAAGUGCUGAAUGUCAGUUUCUCUGUAUCUAAAGGCAGUAACGAAGACGUCUACUUUGCCCCACAGUACCUUCAGGAACGCUUGUACUUGAACCGUGCCAUACUUACCAAGUUGACAGAUGUUGAUGUCUUGCCAUUCGAUGACAACCUGUGCGUCCGUGAGCCGUGUCUUAACUUCGAAGAGUGUCUUUCGGUUCUGAAAUUUGGCAAUGCCUCUACAUUCAUUGCUUCAGAAUCAGUGUUCUUCCGACCUAUUUAUCCGGUGCACACGUUUGCCUGCCGCUGUCCAGAGGGAUUUACUGGAAUGAAGCGAAAGUAUGAUUGCGACAUUGAAGUGAACCUCUGCUAUUCAAGCCCCUGCGGGCAAAACGGCACCUGCAUGCAGAAGGAGGCAGGCUAUGUCUGUCUCUGUCGAGAAGGUUACACAGGAAAGAACUGUGAAACAAAAGUCUGUUCUCAUAACUGCACCACUUGCCCCGAUGAAUCUCAGUGGAGCACCACAAGCUGCCAGUUACGGGCACGCAGUUUUCACUUGGGCUCUUACGUGACGUUCCCAUCCCUGAGACAGCGCCAUCGCUUGCAUAUCAAGCUGAGCUUUGCUACACAGAAGCCAAAUGGACUGCUCCUUUACAACGGCCGUUACAACGACAUGCAUGACUUUCUCGCCCUGGAAAUUGUCGGGGGAGUUGUGAACCUCACCUUUUCUACAGGUAUGACGACGGUUUGGGUGUCCGCGGUUGUCCCUGGUGGGGUGAGCAACGGAAAGUGGCACACUGCAGAGGUCACCUACUACAACCGAACAGCUCAGCUUUCUCUGGACGGCUGUGACCCCAUGCUAGCGCGACGCCUGACAGGCGCCCAUGGACACUGUGCCAACAGCACCACCCUCCAUCUGGAAGAGCGAUGCGCAGACUCGAUGCAGACGUGCUAUCGCUUUCUUGAUCUAACAGGGCCUCUGCAGCUCGGAGGACUUCCCGACCUCUCCACGCACUUUCCUGUCUCCCAUAAGCACUUUGUUGGCUGCAUAAGUGACCUGUACGUAGACAAUACACUCGUUGACCUAAACACAUUUGUGGCGAACAACGCAACCACCCGAGGCUGUCAGGAAAAGCGAGGUUUCUGCCACACGCAGCCUUGUCAAAAUGGUGGCACCUGCGAGGAGGCCUGGAACACAUUCGUGUGCCGUUGCCCACUGGGCUUUGGGGGAAAGGACUGCAGUGAAGGAGUGGAACCUGUUCGUAGGUUUGACGGGAAUGGCUACCUGGUGUUCAAUCCCCUGCUGCGGCCCAUCCAGUUUCCGUGGUCCGCAGGGUUGGCAUUCCGCACAAGAACUCGCUCUGCUCUCCUGCUUCAUGUUCAUGUUGGACAAAGCUCACAGACAUCACUGCAGCUGAAGGAUGGUCACAUCGUGUACAGCAUAGACGGUGAAGAAGUGGUGUUGAAGGAUGUCCGAGUAGAUGACGGCAAGUGGCACAAUGUUGCUGUCAAGUGGAUGGCGGGUGAGGUGCGGCUCACCUUGGACUACGGUCAGCAUGAGGUGUCAAGACAGCUGUCCGUUGCUAUCCAGGGCCUUUAUGUGGGAAAGGUGUCCCUAGGUGGCCUGGAAGAAGGAGGUGAAAAUAGGUUUGAUGGCUGCAUUCAGGAUGUACGCAUCGGCACAAGCAAAGAGGCCUGGUUGCGUCCAGCAGCUGAGGAGAAUGUUCGUGACGGCUGCCAUGUCUCGGAUGCUUGCCUGUCUGGACCCUGUCCACCUCACAGCACCUGUGUUGACACUUGGGGACAGUACGAGUGCCGCUGUGAUAAAGGUUAUGUUGGAGAGCAGUGUGUGCCAGUGUGCAGCCUGCUGCCAUGUCAAGGAGGUGCAACUUGUACAACGUCAGUGCGGGAAGAGUUCCAGUGCAAAUGUGACCCCAGCCACUGGGGGCGCUACUGCCAAGAGGCAAGCACCCAGCCAUGUCCUUUCAACUGGUGGGGUUCCCCUACGUGUGGCCCGUGCCACUGUCCCACGCACAAAGGCUACCAUGCUGAUUGCAACAAAACAACUGGCGAGUGUUUCUGUGAGGUGAAUCAUUUUCAGCCCGAAGAGGGUGAAGAGUGCUUUCCUUGUGACUGCUAUGCUAACGGUUCCUACAGUAAUCGCUGCCAUGAGAGCACUGGCCAGUGCCGCUGUCGCCCUGGGGUGAUCGGCAGGCGAUGUGAUUCCUGUUCUAACCGGUUCGCUGAAGUAACACUUCGGGGAUGCGAAGUCAUCUAUGAUGGAUGUCCACGAUCCUUUAGCCAGGGUGUGUGGUGGGAACGUACGCCAUUCAAUCAGGAAAUCAUUCGCAGCUGUCCCAAAGGCUCUCAAGGAAAAGCCACAAGGUUUUGUGACCAAGAAAAUGGCUGGUUGGAGCCAGACAUGUUUCCCUGCAUCUCAGCUCCAUUCUUGACACUCUCAGAACAACUUCGUGUGGUGGAGCGUGACAAGCUUCCCCUUACAACAUACAGAUCUGUGCAACUGGCUGGACAGCUGCGUAAGGCAUCCAAUGUGUCUUUUCUGUAUGGCACAGACGUGCUGCUAGCGUCACGGCUCUUGCACCACAUCCUCUCCUAUGAAAACCAUCAGGCGGGCCUCAACCUCACCCACCGUCAAGAUCGUGCGUUUAUUCAGAACUUGGUGCACACGGCCAGUUCAAUACUGAACUCUGAUUACGCCAAGCAGUGGGAGCGAGUGUCUGCCACAACUGGUCAGGGUCCUGCACAUCUGCUCAAGAUGUUUGAGAAGUACGGGCACACUCUGGCCAUGAACCGCAAGGACACCUUUACGGAUCCAUUUGAGGUGUCAGCACCAAACAUGGUACUAGGGAUGGACACCAUUUCACCUGCAGAGAUGGAAGGUCCCUAUGUGGAGAGCAACGGGCUGCAAGGUCCCACGGUCAAGAUGCCUAAAUACAACAACUAUGUUCUCCGUAAAGAGGGUCCAGAAAUUUCUUCUGUGUUUUUGUCCUUUGCAUCCCUUGGCAUCACCGAGCAAACUGCACUGACAGGGAGGAGGCCGAACCGUGCUGUAGUCGUGUAUGCUGUCUAUCCCAAUGUGCACAACCUUCUUCCAGCUUCUUAUGACCAAUCUGUCAGGAAACGUUUCGGGGUCCAACUGUCGGUGGCUAGCCCCGUCACAACUGUGGUGGUGCAGCCAGCAAAUAGUAGGAGCCCUGUGAGUCAGCUGCAGGUUCGCUUCCAGUUUCCCCGCAAGCCCGAGGGCCAGCAGCCACAGUGUGUCUUUUGGAUGUUCUCUGCCAGUGGCAAUGGCAAGUGGUCCACCCGUGGCUGCAAAGUGGAAGCAGACGACGGCCACCACGUCAACUGCUCCUGUGAUCACCUCAGCAGCUUUACAGUCCUCACUGACCUUGUUAGCAGAGAGCACUUGGUUGAAGUGGGCAUGGUAGAAGAUAUACUUUCAUGGGUGGGGCUACUGUGGGCCCUCAUAAUGCUGCUGCUCACAUGGCUGGUGCUGAGUGUUCUGCGCGGAGCCUCCACAAACUCCAAUUCUAUUCACCGCAACCUCGUGGGGUGCCUUUUUGCCGCCCUGCUUCUUUUCCUGCUUGCCCUCAAGCUGAGAGCGCUUCUGCUGCACUAUGAGUUUCCAUGCAAGCUGCUGGCGAUCUUCCUGCACUACACCUUCCUGUGUGUCUUCUCAUGGCUGACACUGGAUGCAAUUCACUUGUAUCGAAUGUUGACAGAAAUGAAGGACGUCAACCAUGGGCACAUGCGCUUCUACUAUUCUCUCGGCUAUGGAGCCCCUGCCAUUGUGAUGGGUCUGGCAGUCGGUGUCAGAGCUGACCACUACGCUACACACAACUUCUGCUGGUUGUCCAUGUAUGAAAACAUUGUGUGGAGUAUGGUUGGACCCAUCUGCGCAGUUGUUCUGGUCACCCUAAUAGUGUUCUUUCUGUCCAUUCGGGCCAGUGUUCAGAUUAAGGACACAGUCAUGGGCUUUGGAAACCUCAGGGUUCUGCUGUGGGUGGGUAUGCUGCUGCUUCCCCUGGUGGGCAGCUGCUGGACCUUGGCCUUGCUGUCAGUGAGUGAGGAGCCUCCUACGCUUCGCCAUGCCUUUCCCAUUAUUGCAGCCAUUACUGGGGUCUUCGUUUUUCUUGGAUACUGUGUCUUGAACCAGAGAGUGCGGCAGCACUUGUCCCAUCUCUGCGCAAGGAUUCGAGGGAAGAAAAUGCCACGCAACGAAAGUGCACAAAGGGCAUCCAUGAUCUCUAGGUCAGCACUGGCUUACCACAAUUCAGAAUUUGACAUCCUGCACCGUACUGUCGGCAUUUCAACUUCAUCUACGACAAGCCGGUCAACUGCGAAGACCUCAAGCAGUCCCUGGAAUAGCAACAUAAAGCUGCACCCAAGGAGAGUUCGUGAUGAUCCAGACACUGGAGAAAGAGCCCGCAAACACAGGUCCGAGUCUGAUUCUGAAAUGUCACUGGACCAUGCAUCCCUCGACUUGGCCUCUAGCCACACGUCAGAUGAGGAGGAAUCAAAAGUGUCAUGGGUGACACCUCAGCAGGCCUCUGUUGUGCCCCCUCUUGGGUUGCCAUCUGUCUGCACAAAUGUGCCCGUUGCCCCCAAAACCUUGGAGGAGAAGUCCCUGUGGGGACUGCCUCCUAAACCCCUCCCUUGGACUGAACAAUGCAACAACUUGGAUCAACCGACAAAAGGCAAAGAGGGGUCUUGUCACAAGCCCAACAUGCCUGCCAUUGCAGUUUCCGAAUCCGAGGACAGCAAUGACACAUCUGUAUAAAGAUCAGACUCCUGUACAUAGUCAUCUGCAAUGAAGUCAGCACCGCCUCCUGGGCCUGCGGUCAACCCUCUUUGGCCUGCGCUUUUGUUGUAGCUGCUGCUCCACAAGAUCUGCCAGCUUACCCUGUUCCGCCAGCAUGGAUAAGAACGUGCAGAUGAACUGGUCGUAAUUGUGAGCCCUUCGGCAGUCGUCUAUCUGCAAUGGCGCAAGUUAUUACUUAGAAACAGGAGGCUGUUGACAGUGGAACAUCAUGCUCCUACAAGAGCAAAGCAUGGAUUUGUGGAGUCCAUCUUCAAUAAAACCUCCAUAACUUUGA